UCUUUUUCCGACAAAAUCUUUCCUCACUUUUUAAUUUCGAGUUCUACCACAGAAAAGAGAUUGCAAUCCCUAUUCUGUGGUUCUACAUGAUGAAGAAGCCAAUGGGAGUCUGGUAAAGACAGCAAAUUUCCCUAUCGAUUUACAUGAGGUACUUAAAAAGAGAUUUUGGAUCUGUUCGGUUUCGACAUAAAUUUCGAUGUCGAAAACAGAGAGCUGAAAAUGGCACCAUCUGAUAGUCUUGUUCGUACUUUCAUAAAGCCUUUGGCUUGGCUUCCGGUCAUUAUAAUCAAUGCAAUUAUCGUUUGGUCAUAUUUUGCAUACAUGGUUGUUUUUGGAUUUGGCACAGUAAAAGAUACUACUGAAAGAGUGAUAUACUUGACCUUAUAUAACCCAAUUUUUAUCAUAUUCAUGGUGUCAUACUGGCGAACAAUAAUGAGCAAUCCUGGAAGGGUCCCUUCUCAGUUUUAUUUGUCAGCGCCUGACAAAGAAAGAUAUGAUUCAGCUGAAAACCCACAGGCUGUUGUUAAUGAGCUUGGCAAGAACCUACCAAUACAAACAAGAUCAAUCUCUGGAGGAGCACGAUUUUGUGAAAUUUGUCAGCUGAUAAAACCUGAUAGAUGUCAUCACUGUUCAGUUUGCAACAGCUGUGUCUUAAAGAUGGACCACCAUUGUCCAUGGGUGAACAAUUGUGUUGGAUUUGCAAACUACAAGUUUUUCUUCCUGUUUUUAUUUCAUGGCAUUAUCUAUACAUGCUUUGUGUCAUUAACAACAUUAAAGUAUUUCCUGAAGUUUUGGCAGGCUGCGGUUCCUAAAGCAGAUAGCAGUUUGCAUGUUUUAUUCUUGUUCUUCAUUGGGGCAAUGUUUUUUGUCAGUUUGUGGUCAUUGUUUGGGUAUCAUAUCUAUCUUGCAUUGCAUAACAGAUCAACACUAGAGUCAUUUAGACCCCCAGUGUUUAGCAAUGGGCCAGACAAAGAUGGCUUCAAUCUGGGGAAAAUGAACAAUAUUCGGCAAGUUUUUGGAACAAAGAAAUCAUUGUGGCUUCUCCCAAUAUAUACAACGCUUGGCAAUGGUUACAAUUAUCCUACUGGUGCUACUCGGUCUCCAGAAACAGAGGGACUCCUUAAUGGACAAGUGUCUUUUGAACGCAAUUUGCAUGUUUGUUCUGAGCAGGAUGGACUUAUUUCCCAUGAAAGUAGAAGCCCAGUGUUAGCACAUGACACAAGAAGGGUCGAAGAAGAUGAUAUUGGUAAAGAGGCACAGUAUGAUGAGACUGAAAGUGACAGUGAGGUUAAUGUUAUAAGCCGCAAACCACAAACAGAUCAUGUGGAAUUAAACAUCUGCACUGAAGAUGUAAGGCCUUUACAUUCACUCUGAUUAAUCAACCAUGCAGGCAGCAGUCUAUUUGUAGAAAUUAGAUCUGUACAUUUGUAGAAGAUGCAAAUGGGGAAUUGGCAACCAUCUUUCUUAGUUGUUAAAUAGAUUGUAGAUCAAAUAAUGUUUUCAUUUGUUUAUAUUUUGGCAUCACGCAUUGGCAGAAAGUAGAAACUUUUUGUAGCUUUUUCUUUUGCUGUAUUCCCGCCAAACCAAACAUGAACCAUGUACCUAAUAAACACUUGAACCAAAUAACUGUGAUUAGAUUUAACUUUCUGGUGUCAUAUAGAUUUCAUCUAACCAGUUUAACUAGCUCAACCAACUGGUCAAAGACAUUUGAAUCAUUAAAAGUAAUAUUAAAAAAUGACUUUAAAUCAUAAACAAUCGUGAAUAAUGCUUUGAUUUAGAACAGAAAGUUUAUUUUUUGCAGCUAGUAAGUAUGUCUUGGCACCUUAAGUAAUAUGGCAUUGGAAAUGUGAUCAAAAUUGUGAAUGUUUAGAUUCAAACAGGCUAAUGAAAAGACAUAAGCCAACUUUCGUAAAUAAUUGUCAUGCUGGUUGUUGCCAGUGGAUAGCUGAGGAAUGGAAUCACUUGCCCCUUGCCAUCAAGGAGAAAAUAGAGAUGUAUAUGUGGUCCAUUGUCUGCCUAAAGAAUCCACACCUUCUGAUGUUAAUUUUGAAAGGACUAGGCUCGUCUGAGGUAUUGCUAUUUAAUCUGUAUUAGAAAUUAUUAUUAGUGUUCAGUACCUACAACCUUCAUUUCUCUUCUACCUUCUGUUGUACAAAUGACCAGGUUAUUUUAAAUAUCAAAGAAAUAGCUUCAGAUAUUAAGUACCAUUGUGUAUGACAUUGCCUUUUUCAUUUUUUAUUGUUGUAGUCGGAACCAUAAAUUAAAUGUGAUUAAUGUUUAAUCUUUUUGUCAUUAUAUUACAAUACCUAGUA